ACACAAACUGCCGCUUGGCACCGGAGAACAAGGAGGAAAAAAGAGGUUUUCCAGGAGGAAAAGCGAUUGUUUUAGCGAAUAGUUCCGUUCAGAUCGUUGCAAUGGGUUCCGAUUUAGAAGAUAGUAGUGAAAGUGCCACGGAAAUGAUGGCAGAAGGCAACGAACCAAAGAGCAAAGAGCUGCCCGAGCAGGGCGCAGCGCACAGUGAGAUCGUGGCCUCGCACUACAAUAAACUGGAGGAUCGAGGACUAUCGGCGAGGAAAAAGUCCAACAUAUUCCAUUUGCGGAACUUUAACAACUGGAUCAAGAGUGUGGUCAUCGAAGAGUACAGUAAUUUGGUGAAGCAACGAAUCCCGCUGGGAUCGCCCUACCGAGUCCUCGAUAUGUGCUGCGGCAAAGGCGGUGAUCUUAUGAAAUGGAUCAGCGCCAAAGCAACGCACCUGAUUUGCACAGAUAUCGCACAGGUCAGCUUGGAGCACUGCGAAUCCCGGUACAAUCAGACGAAUAAUCCGGAGAAAGAGGGCGUGCGACGGAAGGUGGAAUUCUUCGCCGCCGAUGCAACUCUGCAGCAGCUUCGCACAAAGUACAAGGACCCCUCGAUGAAACUGCACCUGGUCAGCUGCCAAUUUGCCUUCCAUUAUUCGUUUGAAUCCUACAAACAGGCGGACUGCAUGUUCAAGAACGCGGCGGAAUGUUUAGACGAAGGAUUCUACUUUAUCGGCACGAUUCCCGAUGCGAACGAGAUAAUGAAGCGGCAGCGGUUGGCGAUGGCGGAUUCGUUCGGGAACGACAUUUACAACAUUACUUUUCAUUGUGACCCCAACAACCCUCCGCUGUUUGGCGCCAAAUACAACUUUCAACUGGACGAGGUCGUGAAUUGUCCCGAGUUUUUGGUCCAUUUCCCAACCUUCGAGAAGCUGGCCCUCAAACAUGGCCUGCGGUUAAGGGAGAAGAAACGCUUUGAUGAAAUAUUCGAUAACUAUAAGGUACCUAAGAAAUUCCUGCUGGAACGAAUGCAGGCGCUUGAGACGUAUCCCCAAUCGGGUGGUCGAGGAAUGCACCAAAAUGAGGGACCACGGAAAGACGGUACCCAGUACCGGCAUGCGGAGGAAUAUGAAAGGAAAUUAUCGGCCAACCAAUUCUUUAGGGUGGGCACUUUAUCGCAGAAAGAGUGGGAAGCUGCAACUUUAUACUUGUUUUUUGCUUUUGAGAAAAUGAAGACUACCUAUGAUGCCCUUGGAAAGCCUAUCUAUUCAUGAAGAAAAUGGUGCUAAAUAAUACUGAGAGGAUCUGAUGGAAGAAUAGAUGCAUCAAUACAGUGAAUAGUGGAA